AUGUCCCAGGUACCAUUCGCAGAUCCACCAUGGCUGAGAGGCUUGCCCUCACCAUACUUCAACGAUUCACAUCGCAGAUUUCAAGUCGCCUGCAGAAAGUUCCUCGACGAGAACUUGCAUAAGGAUGCUAUGGAGUGGGAGACAGCGGAAGACGUACCAGCUGAUUUAUUCGCAAAGUUCGCCAAAGGAAACUUCCUAAUUCCGGCAUUGCCGGCGCCUUUACCCGUGGAAUGGCUGCACAAGUUGGGUGUGACGCAUAUGCCUGGGGAGGUACCAGUAGAAGAAUGGGACGCAUUGCACACCAUGAUCUACUCAGAUGAGAUGAGUCGUUCUGGGUUAGCUGGACCUCCGGGAUCCUUGACCACUGGCAUGGCAUUCGGUGUUCCUCCUCUGCUGCACUAUGCAAACGCGGAGGUACAGAAUCGGUUUCUCCCUGACCUGCUGCUUGGAAGGAAAAGAACAUGCAUCGCGAUCACUGAACCUGAUGCGGGAUCAGACGUGGCCAACAUCACUACUACGGCUGAGCUCAAAGGCAACGAGUACAUCAUCAACGGCGCCAAGAAGUGGAUAACCAAUGGCGUCAUGGCAGACUUCGCAACCAUAGCCGUUCGCACCGGUGGUGAAGGCUCAGGAGGGAAGGGCAUCUCGCUACUUGUGGUGCCUCUUGCGAAUCAACCCGGCGUGAGCAGGAGGCGCCUCAAAGUCGCUGGCCAAAUUGUUGCCGGUACCUCGUAUCUCGAGUUUGACGAUGUCAGGGUGCCGCAGGAGAACCUGAUCGGUAAAGAAAACGAGGGCAUGAAGUAUAUCAUGCACAACUUCAAUCACGAGCGUAUGUUCAUCUCGGUGGGUGUUACGAGACAAGCUAGAGUGGCAUUGAGCGCCGCAUUUGAGUAUUGUAUGCAGCGUAGGGCGUUCGAUAAGACCCUCAUCGAACAACCAGUGGUCCGUCAUCGGCUGGCCAAAUGUGGAGCUAUACUCGAGUCGCAGUAUGCUUGGGUUGAAUCUUUUGCAUUCCAACUAUCUAAGAUGCCAAAGAAGACUGCAGACGAGGAGCUUGGUGGAUUGACUGCCUUGUGCAAAGCCAAUGCUGGCAUUGUUCUCGACGAAUGUGCGAGAUGUGCUGUGCUGCUGUUCGGCGGCAAUGGCUACACGCGUACGGGCAAGGGAGAGAUUGCCGAAAAAAUUUACCGCGAGGUUCCUGGUGCGAGAAUACCUGGUGGUAGCGAGGAUGUCUUGCUAGACCUGGCUAUUCGGCAAUUGACGAAGCGUUUCCGUGCCGAGACCAAGAAGGAUAAGACAAGGUCCAAGAUCUAG